GCCCCCACCGUCUCCGCCCCGAGAAAGGCCGGCGGCAACGGCGGACAGCUGCCUCCGGGAGGAGAAGGAAGAGGGGCCGCAAGAGGGAGGGAAGACGUGUGGCGUGGGGGAGGAAGAGGAGCCCAGGACCGGCCCCACGCACGAUUGAUGGGCGGCUCCUCUGCUGUGGGCCUGCCUACCCGCUCCACCCCGCGGCCCCUUUAGCCUCUGACAAGGGGGCAAACAGUGCUGAUCCCCAAGGAGCAGCAGGGGUCCAUCUUUCUGUUUUUAACCCCACCGUUUUCUGAAAAAGGGGGAACAGACGUCAUUCUAUGCAGAUCGGAGACUAAGAACCAUGUUGCAUGAAGCAAGGGACAGGCAGAAGUUCGUCAGUGAUGUUCAGUAUCUGCGGGACAUGCAGCAUAAGGUGGACUCUGAAUAUCAGGCUUGUUUGAAACGACAGGAAUACAAAAAAGACCCAAAUGAGAAGACACAGGAUCAGCUAUGGGGGAAGGACACAAGCGACAGAUCCCGGUUUUCAAGCGGGUCAUCGUCCAAACAGGAAGAUGGCCUGUUACCUGACACUGCGCUUGCAGGACUGUCCUGCAGGGGGCGCUGUCUGUAUCCCUUCAACACCACCCUCCCAGGACCAGGAAGAAGGAGGGCGCUCUCCGCCGCUGCUCCCAGAGCCUGGCUCCUGCGGUUCCUUGGCCUGUGAGGUUUGAUUCCACCA